GGAGAUUGUGGAGUAGCGGCCGGAACUUUGAAUGGAGUUGGUGACUCGAGAUGGAGAGCGAAGACCGGCGGUGGACUGGAGCAGCGGACAAGGAGACCUAAGCCGCUUGCAUGUGGCACCGGUACCAGAACCUGACGGCGGCUCUGCCGCAGCAGCUGUGCGAGCAGCUCCGCCUCAUCCUGGAGCCCACGCAGGCCGCCAAGCUGUGGGGAGACUACCGCACAGGCAAACGCCUGAACACGAGGAAGGUCAUCCCGUACAUCGCCAGCCAGUUCCGCAAAGACAAGAUCUGGCUGAGGAGGACCAAACCCAGCAAGAGGGAGUACCAGAUCUGCCUGGCUGUGGACGACUCGUCCAGCAUGGUGGACAACCACUCCAAACAGCUGGCAUUCGAGUCGCUGUCGGUCAUCAUCAACGCUCUGACGCUGCUGGAGGUUGGACAGGUGUCUGUGUGCAGCUUUGACGAGCAGAUGCAGCUGCUGCAUCCCUUCCAGCAGCAGUCCAACGACGAAUCGGGAGCUCGCAUCCUCUGGCUCUGUCAGUUCAAGCAGAACAAGACCAGAAUCGCUCAGGUCUUUGUAAUCCACGUGCCGACCUGGGUCCUGCUACGUCUUGUCUCCUCACCUUCGACCAAGUCGAUCCACUCCACACCACGCACCAGCUGCCGAACUCACCUUGUUGCUCCACCUGGCCGUUCCAGUCCACCACCGGUCUUCGCUCACGAGUCUCCAACUCCGCUCCUAGUUCCGGCCGCUACUCCACUAUCUCCACGGACAAUAAACCUUUUACUAAACCACUUCUGCCUCUCAUCCUCCUUCCGGGUUACAGCGUCUGGGUCUGCCUCGUCACACGCAACAUGA